AUGUUUCUAGCACGGCACACCCCGUCCGGUUCGGCGGUUGCGGUGGUAUCGCGCCUGGCUCGCCCUUCCGUUGCUAUUCAACAGCGUGGGUUGGCCACCUCCAGCGAUGCCCCGCCACCGAAAAAGACAAAGUUUGGCGGAUUAUCAGACCAGGAUAGAAUCUUUCAAAAUCUCUACGGCCAGCUUGGGGCGGAUCUAAAGACUGCCAAAAAGUAUGGCGAUUGGUACAAGACAAAAGAGAUCCUGCUCAAGGGCCACGACUGGAUUAUCUCUGAAGUUAAAGCAUCCGGCCUUCGUGGACGUGGAGGAGCAGGGUUCCCUUCCGGCAUGAAAUGGUCUUUCAUGAACCCACCUGGAUGGGAAAAGGGAACUACUCCUCGUUACUUGGUGGUCAACGCAGAUGAGGGCGAGCCUGGAACAUGCAAGGAUCGUGAGAUCAUGCCUUACAUCUACAUCCGUGGAGAGUUUUACCACGAGGCAACUGUACUUCAGAGAGCUAUUCAAGAGGCAUAUGCCGAUGGACUUAUCGGCAAGAACGCCUGUGGGUCUGGAUAUGACUUCGAUGUCUUUAUCCACAGAGGGAUGGGGGCCUAUGUAUGCGGUGAGGAAACUUCUCUCAUUGAGUCGCUUGAAGGGAAGCCAGGAAAGCCCCGUUUGAAGCCUCCUUUCCCGGCUGCUGUCGGUCUUUUUGGAUGCCCAUCUACCGUCGCCAAUGUUGAGACUGUCGCUGUUGCUCCAACAAUUUGUAGGAGAGGCGGUUCAUGGUUCGCCCAAUUUGGUCGUGAGAGGAACUCCGGUACCAAGCUUUUCUGUAUCUCUGGUCACGUCAAUAACCCCUGCACUGUUGAGGAGGAGAUGUCGAUCCCCCUCCGAGAACUAAUUGAGAAACAUUGUGGUGGCGUCAGGGGUGGAUGGGAUAACUUGCUCGCUGUUAUUCCCGGAGGAUCUUCAACCCCUAUUUUGCCCAAAAACAUUUGUGACGAUGUUCUCAUGGAUUUCGAUGCUUUGAAGGACGCCCAGAGUGGUUUGGGAACUGCCGCCGUUAUUGUUAUGGAUAAGAGCACAGAUGUUGUCCGAGCAAUCUCAAGGCUGUCUAAGUUUUAUAAGCAUGAGUCUUGUGGACAGUGUACCCCUUGCCGUGAGGGUAGUAAAUGGACUGCACAGAUAAUGGAGCGCUUCGAAAAGGGCCAAGGAAGGGAACGAGAAAUCGAUAUGCUCCAGGAGCUCACUAAGCAAGUCGAAGGCCAGAGUUGGAGGCUAGAAUGGCGAGCCAUGCUCAGGCUAGCGGCGGAUCGGCUCUGGCAGGUGGAUGGGAACAUGAUGCUCGGUUGA